UAUUGUGUUGUUGUUGUGGCCGGCAGUGGUAGCCGGCCAUCACCAGACCCCUACUGAGGGAGGGCACGAGGGCACCGUGGAGGCUUGUGGCGGCGUGUGGCAAGUGAAGCGCAUGACGACUCAUCGCAACGCACAGCACAGCCUCUGCACAGGGCACAUCACAGCACAGCGGCCCACAGUAUAGCGGGUGGAGGACGCUGUCACCGCUGCACACGACUGGGAGCCAAAGGACACUACGCAGAUUCGUAAUGGACGACGAAGGGUUUCCUUUGCUGCAGCCCGGCGCGAGGCUCCAGCCCGUCGUUGAGCGGCCGGACACUGUGGAUCAGGAGUCCGGGGAGGCGACAGGACGCAAAGUGGUAGUGCUCAGGAAUCCUCGACUCAACGCCACACACUCUGGAUUGCGCUUCCGCCGCCACGCUUUGUAUCCUUCCUCCCUCUUCCAGCCCAGUCCAAGACUCUCCCAGCGCCUCACGUUUCAUCAGGAGUUUGGUCGAGUACCCCCGCUCUGGAGUGAAGAAAAUGCCAUCUUUGCCAGACCUCUGUACCGGCUACACAGCGAUCAAAAAACAGAAUCAGGUGGAGCCGUGUCCAAAGUGCCUUUCAGAGUCCCGCAAGUUCGCCCGGAAGUGACGCCACAGAAAAUUAAUGAAGUUACCAUCACCAUAUGGAGAGAGUUCUGCCGAGGGCCGCUGGUGUACGAAGAUGUCAGCACGUCCUUUAGAGACCUGAAGGACCAGUGCUUGCUGUGGCCUCACCUGCAAGCCUUGUUCGGCGACUCUGCCGUGCUGGUGCCCCUGUGUGUCGUGUGGCUGGUGCGCACCCUCCUCGUCAUGCUCAAAGUGUUCAUUCCGUGGCUUGGUCUCCAGCUGACAUAUUUUCACUUCCUAUACGUCCACCUCAAGAUCCACGUUACGGGAGAGAAGAAAGGCGUGCGCCCUGUAUUCAUAGGCGAGGCCUGCCAAGGCCCGAUGAUCUACAGCAUCAGGCACCUGUGUUGUCCCUACUGCAGGUACACCAAGCAGUGCAAUAUCGCUCUCCGCUACUUUGAAAUACUACUUCGAGAAAGACAGGGCAUGGCCGCCAGAUAGUGCGAGGUUCAUUGGCGUUUUUGGCUGUACAGACCUUCGUUGUUUGGAGCUCACCGUGGCGUGGGGCUCAGCGGAUGUGUUGCGUGACGUGGUGGCGGGAAUGUUCCACGAUGACGUAAAGAGGCGGCGGGAGUGUCGCGGCAACACCUCGUGACGCUGAGUGUUGGUCCGGAUGUGGAGUGUCGCCGGUCGGAGAAGACCAUCAUUCGUUUCGGACCUCUCGCGUUUAUUCAGAUAAAUAGCGUGAUGGUUUCGUGGCUGUGUGGUCACUGCGUCACCUCGGCUUACAUUCAUGGCAAUGAAGCGGCGGGUGAGGGGCCGAACACCCUGAGGUGCGUGCACAAAGCUGUGCGGCACAAUCAAGGCGUGUGGAGAACACUACCCUUGCUAGACAGGAGAAGGGGAGAGCUGUUCACGCAGGUCUUUUAUUGUGAUGAAUCAUAAUUAUAUAAAUAAUGUUUAUGAAUCAUAAUUAUAUUAAUAAUGGUUAUGCCAAUCGUAUAUGUGAUAUAUUUUCCUUUUAUGAUGUAAUGUGAACAUCAAAUAUUGAGAGAGAGAGAGAGAGAGAGAGAGAGAGAGAGAGAGAGAGAGAGAGAGAGAGAGAGAGAGAGAGAGAGAGAGAGAGAGAGAGAGAGAGAGAGAGA